AUGCCCAAAAAACCUAUAAUCUUAACAACAGGAUGGGGUCACCCAGUAGAUGACAAUCAAAAUUCAGAAACAGCUGGAAGAAAAGGGCCAAUUUUAUUAGAAGAUUCACAUUUAAUUGAUAAAUUGGCUAGUUUUGGAAGAGAAAGAAUCCCUGAACGCCCAGUCCAUGCAAGAGGGGCUGGAGCUUAUGGAUUUUUUGAGGUCACUAAUGAUGUGACUAAAUAUUGUAAAGCAAAAUUUCUCGAAAAAUUAGGCAAAAAGACCCCAGUUUUUGCAAGAUUUUCAACUAGCAGUGGAGAACGUGGAUCUGCAGAAACUGAAAGGGAUUUAAGAGGAUUUUCAAUUAAAUUUUACACAGAAGAAGGAAACUGGGAUUUUGUAGGAAAUAGUUCUCCUAUUUUCGGUAUAAGAAAGCCAGUCUACUUUCCAGAAUGGCAACACAUACACAAAAAAGACCCCUCUACAAAUUGUAAAAACUACGACAUGUUUUGAGAUUUCUUAAGCUUAGUUCAUGAAUCAGUUCACCACUUAACCUAUAUUUUUGGACCAAGAGGAAUUCCAGACGGAUAUCGCCACAUGAAUGGCUACGGUACAAAUACUUAUAAAUGAGUAUAUAUUUCCCCAUAGCUUGAUAAAAUAAAAUUUUUUUUAUUAAUUAUAGCAAUUUAUGGAAAUCCUCUAUAAAUUCUAAAGGCGAAGAUUUUUUUGUAAAAUUCCAUUUUCACACUGAAAUUGGAACGAAAAAUUUAUCUAGUAAAGAAGCAGAAAAAAUUAUGGGAGAAGACCCUGACUAUGCUACCAGAGACUUAUUUAAUUACAUUUCACAAGGAAAAGAAGCUAUAUGAAAAUUUUCAGUCCAAGUUAUCCCUUUUGAAGAAGGUUUACAUUAUAAGUGAGAUAUUUAUGACGACACAAAAGUAUGGCCACAUUCAGAUUAUCCAUUAAUUGAGGUAGGAAGAGUAGUUCUUAAUAGAAAUCCUACAAAUUAUUUUUUUGAGGUCGAACAAUCAGCUUUUAGCCCUGCUAAUAUGGUCCCUGGAAUUGAGGCUUCUAAUGAUAGAAUGCUGCAAGCCAGAAUUUUUUCUUAUUCUGAUGCACAAAGAUAUAGACUUGGAGGAAAUUUUGGAAGUAUUCCUAUUAACUUUCCUCAUAUGGCAAGAGUUCAUAAUUAUAUGAGGGAUGGGAUGAUGUCGAUUACAAAAAAUGGUGGAAAAGAUGUAAGCUAUGAGCCAAACACAGUAAAUGACACACCUAAAGAAGAUAACGAGUAUAAAAUGAAAGAAUUUAAAGUCCAAGGAGAAGCCAUGGUUCAUAGAUUAAGAUAUGCUACAAGUGAUUUUGAGCAGCCUGGAAUACUUUAUCGGAGAGUUUUCAAAGGUAUCGAAAAAGAUGAAUUAAUUACGAAUUUGUAUGAAAGCAUGAAAAAUGUCACAAAAAGGCAUAUUUUGGAAAAAGAAUGUGAAUAUUUUUAUAAUUGCGAUCCUGAGUAUGGAACAAAAAUAUCUCAAGCCCUUAGGCUACCAGUGCACCAAAGUAAGCUUUAA